AUGGGACAGUCUUAUCGUUCUACAAAUGUAUUUACUAAAACUGUGUUUAAUACGAUGAAAAACUGUAGUGAAUCGUUUUACAAAAAUGUAACAUUUGGCGAAGACUUACGAAAGUUUGAUUUGACAAUAAGUUACACUCAAACUGCUUUAGACCGGCGUCAGCGCUUAGUGGUUGAUGAUGAGGUGACGAUCUCUUUUGAAAUUGUUGAGAACCUAGCAAAUAAACUGAAAUGGCAAGAAAAGGGGGUGCUCUGGUUUUCUCAACUAAACAGUAACGUCAGUGAUAAUCUGUCUACAGAAAUUUAUAUUGAAUUAUUUCUCGCAAAUAGGAAAACGUAUGACUUAAAUGCAGUUGAUAUCACUGAAUCAGUUCAUCUUGAUGCAGUGGCAGACGAAUUAAGGUAUAGUGUUCAACAUGAUAGUCUGCAUGGGAAUACCGACAAUAUAUCAUUCAAAGUUGUUUCAGUAAAAGGAUGCUUAGAUUCUAAAUGCCAAACAUUGUCGUUCAAAAUUAUUGCAUCACAAACAGAAUCAUCAGAAUUUUGUCUCAUAAAUGUCGACAGAUUCAACACAAAAUGGGAUCAAACUAAAGUUGGUACUGUAAUUGAAAUGGCAUGUACAGGUAAUUAUACUGGUACUGUCUCCCGAUUGUGUGGCACAGGAGGCCAAUGGGAAGAACCGGAUAACAGUCUAUGUAUAAGUGUGGCCAUUCAAAAUUUACACAAACAGGCAAGUAUGUUCCAGACCAGCGACAAUACUGCUUCAAAAGUAAAUGAUAUUUUGAAUGAGCUAAAUAAUCUGACGAGCGAGGCUGAUGAUCUUAGAAGUGGUGACAUGGCAACAUCAACAGCUAUACUGAAAGACAUUUCAGAGCAUGUAGCAAAAAACACAGCAUCAGCUGUUUCUGACAAUCAACUUGAGAUAUUUGGUUCCCUUUGUAACAGUCUACUGGAUGAUAAAAACAGCAAUAACUGGAAUGAGUUGAAACUAAAGGGACCUAGCAGUAUAACAGGAUUGGUCAAAUCUGUUACUUUAUACACAAAGAGCUAUACUAAUGUUAUAGAACAGGAAUACACCGUCGUUGAGAAUAAGAAUAUAGUGAUUGAGGUAGGGAAGAUUAGAGCUGAAGACUUAAUUGUCCCUGUCAAAUCAAAGAUAUCAGAAUCCUGGAUUGCUGAUUCUCAGACUGAAAUAACCCUGGAUAAGAAAAACUUUGAUGAGACACUCCGAAUGGAGCAUGGUCUACAGAAGGAUCUACAGUUAUUGAAUCAACCAAUAGUUAUACAAUCUGCCAAUAUAACCAUACCACAAACUUUGCUAUUUUGA